CGUUCCGACGUGGACGACAAGGGCUGUUGGGCAGAAGUUUCCUUAUUCAAGAUGGCGGUGAGCGUAGAACUUUCUGGCGCUACUCUACACCUUUCUGAUGUGGAAAGAAAUCCCAAAGAAGUCUCUGAACGCGGAAAAGAAGCUAAAAAACAGCAGACAGGAACCUCUAGGAUCGAGAUAUGCUGUAAAACCUUGGCUUUUCUCAUUGUGGUAUGCUUGAUCUGCGUUCAUUUCGCGCGUGUCCAGCGAGAAGGCUCUAGUACCUGCCCUGCUAUGUUUCAGUCUGGUCGCUGGAGAGGAAGCUUUUGGCAACCUCGUGGUUGUAUGAUGCAUUCUUAUACUUCAAGUGAAGUGAGGACUUGUUUACAGAAUCACCCAGUGGCUUUCAUUGGAGAUUCAAGAACAAGAGGCUUGUACUAUGAACUGGUGGAGAUGGUCAGGUUAAAUGCAGUCACAGAUCCAGGAAAAGCACAUAGUAAUCUGUCUUACGUUGACAAGAUGAGCAAUACAAGUGUGUUCUUUCACUGGCAACCUGAAGUUAACUUGUCUAUGAAGGCACUGUAUGAUGGGUGGAUCAAGAAUCCACAAAAAAGUCCUCAUCUUAUUAUCACAGGAAGUGGAACUUGGACUAUUAGAUACAAAGGACUAGGUGCAGCAAUGAAUUAUGGAUGUAAGUUGGCAUUUUUUCUUUUAAUUUCUAACUUGACAAAGGUUAAAAGUUCAAUGGAGACGUUAAUUGCAAAAAAGAGAAAUGAAAGCCAGCCAUUGCUCAAGAAAUGGAGUCCUUUUCCACCUUCUCCUGCUAUUAUCUGGAUUCAACAAGAACCGGUUGUGGAAGCGAAGCUCCAUGAGGCGCGCAAGAUGAUCACAAAUGAGAAGAUUGAACUUUUUAAUUCAAUCGUGGGAGAGAUGUUUCAGCAAGAAAAUUCAUCUGUGACUGUAAUGUGGUCGUCAUUUCAUGCUGCCAAGAGGAAACCGGAGUCAUCAACAGAUGGUCUUCAUUAUGGACAGCCAAUAACAACACUGGAGCUGAAUCUGAUUUUGAAUUAUUAUUGCAAUCAAUAUCUUCAAGUUCCUGAUGCUACUUGUUGCUUACCAGCGCCAAGACUGACUCAUUUGCAACGAAACACGUUUGCUGUUUUUAUCACAUGCAUUGUACUGUUUCUGAUCAUGUUCGUUUGUCAGCAUCUGUGGCCUGCGGAACCGAAAGGAUCUGGUGGUGCUGAGCCAACCACACCUGGGGGCCGUGCAAGUUUCUCCUUACGCUGGGUCUACUCUGACAGAAUGUAUCCUGUUAUGAAGAGUUUAUUCAAAAUGGGCCUCAUAAUGUUUUACUUCUACCUCUGUGACAGGACAAACUUUUUUUUCAAGGAACAAAAGCAGUACAGUCAUCUGGUGUUUAUCUUGGUGCUGUUUGUUUUCUUGGCCUUGGGAGCCUGGACUUGGUCACCAGCUCAACAGACCGUGUUUUUAAACAGAGAUCAGACGAAUGAGUGGAGAGGCUGGAUGCAAUUAGUUAUACUUUUGUAUCAUUACAUUGGGGCAAGCAAGGUGCUUCCAAUUUACGUGUUUAUAAGACUCCUCGUAGCUUCAUAUCUUUUCCUCUCUGGGUAUGGGCAUUUCUCGUACUUUUGGAAUAAGGGAGAUUUUGGCCUCUACAGGUUUUGUCAGGUUAUUACUCGCAUGAAUAUUCUCGUGGCUGUUCUCUGUUUGAUCAUGGGUCGCCCCUAUCAGUUCUACUACUUUGUUCCCUUAGUAACCUUCUGGUUUGUAGUGGUUUAUGCUGUGAUGGCAUUGUGGCCCAGAGUCACUGCUGCUCGUGUUAAAGAUAACCAGAAGCAUUAUGUUGUUGUAUUGGUGAAGUUCCUGUUCCUGUUUGGCGUUAUUUCCACGAUCUGGAGCUCACCAACGUUAUGCCAAUGGAUAUUUUCCCAGUGGGCCAUUAAAGAAUUGUUCAUUGAUGAGAAUGAUAGUGUUCGCGAGUGGUGGUUUCGGUCAUGGCUGGAUAGAUAUGGUACACUUUUUGGAAUGGCUGUAGCAUUUCUUUACUGCUCUGGAAAAUAUCUUAAAAUGUUCGACGAUAACAACAAGAGAACUCUCUUCUCCAGACCUGUAGGCUUUGUGUGUCUAGUAUUUGCUGUUGUGGCGAUAAUGAUUUAUACUACUCAGGCAUUAACGUGCCCUUCUAAAGUUUCUUGCAAUCAGACUCAUUCGACAAUGUCAUUUAUACCUAUUAUAGCCUUCGUGUUCCUUAGGAAUGUUCCCGGUCCGUUCCGGUCAAAAUUCAGUAAAUUUUUCUCCUGGGUUGGAAAUAUUUCUCUCGAGUUGUUUAUAGCACAGUACCACAUUUGGCUGGCGCAUGACACAAAAGGAGUAUUAGUGCUUAUUCCGGAUCAGCCUUUACUCAAUGUCAUUCUCACCACCUACGUGUUCGUCUGUAUAAGCCACGAAAUUCAUAAAGUUUCCGGUGUGUUGGCAAAUGCUCUGAUCACCAAAGACAUCAAAACAAUGUUAAGAAGAGUGCUGUUUUUCAUCUUCAUGUUGAUUAUAAUCUGGUGGCAUAAGACUCACCAUGACCCGAAGCCAGUGUUAACGUGAUACUCUGAAUACUCGAGUGAAGCGAACUGGCCACGAUAAUUGCAUCCAUUGAUGGGUGAAAUGACGACGACGCUGUCCGACGACGCUUCCGAAGAUUCUCGAACCCGAAGGCCUCCGAUUGUGUUGUCGGCCAAGCCGAAGCAAAUCUGACCUGGACUGGCUUUAGUUCCAGAAAUCGAGGCAUUCUGGUAAACACUUUGCAGAAAAAUCUUGUGAAACCACAAAUUCGUCUUUAAAAGUUUCCUGCAUGGUCUGAUUAAAGAAAAGAAAAGCCAUUCAGAACAAUCAAACCACGAAACGAACCUUUCCUUGUAUUAUUUAUUUUGCGCGAAAAGUUUACAAGGUAAUAUUGAUUCAAUUUUUCAAGCCCACACUCAGUAUCGUUCAAGUGUGCUACAGCAUCUACAUGCGCGUCAAAGUGCACGUAAUGCGUGGGAAUGAAACGCGCUUGCAAUGCGUGUAGCUCCAUGUGUGCGGUAGAAAAUUGCAGGAGCAGAAAUCGGGAGAAAGCCAUAGAAAGGACUGCGAUUAUUAACAAAAUUAUGUAAAAUAAAAACGUGUAUAGUGCAAGGUCUCACUUAUAUUAUACUUUGAAUUGUAGAGUAAUUCAUUUGAGUUACUUAAAAAUUUUAAUCUUGAAGUAGAGAAGGCGGGUUUUGGUCAACCUCUUUUUCAAGGGAUUUCAGGAAUAGAUAAGAGCCUGGGGACAAGUAAAGAAGUUAUUGAAAUUACGAUUAUAUGAAACUUUUUUUUUUUAAUUUCCA